AUCGUCGCUCUAGGAAAAUAUACUCCAUCUUAUCCGCAAAAUGAAUAAUACUGAAAUUUUCAUCGUCAAUUCAAAUAUUUUCAGUUUUCCAAACACCUAAACUGAUUCGUAUUAUCAAACAGUCGGAUUUUGAUGGCUGAUGGCUGAUUUUGUUAAAUAGGAAUUACUGAAGCGAAGCAGGAAUUAACAUUUAUUUUUCGCAAAAAUGCAACGAUUUAGUUUUUAAGUAACCACGAUUCCUUAAAAUGUAACCGCUUUAUAGAACAGUUAGCUCAAUUUUUGGCGAGUUUCGAGUAAUACACGUUUGUAGUGGAUUUUUCCAACAUUUCUGAAAAAACAUGUGUUCAACGUCGCUGCUAAACAUAUUGUUACGAUUGUAUUCGAAAUAUUGUUAAUAUAGAAUCAAAAUGACCGAAAUGGAAGACGAUCUUAUUUUAGAAUCAGUCACAUAUUUCAAGUAUCCGUCUUCAACCAAUGAAAAUGAAAUGAGCUUUGAUCCUGCGAAAGUGAAAGAAGAAGCGUCCGAGAGUAGUACCGAAGCUUACGAAUCCAACGACUACCCACCUCCCGCUGAAAACUACCCGUUUAAUAAUUAUUCGUCGUAUUUUCCGCACCAAAAUAAUCAAUGUCACUACGAAAAUAAUGGCUACGGUCAGUACAACAAUUACCCGAUUAAACAAGAAAUAAAAUCUGAAUACAAUGAUUAUUGCAAUAAAGAACAAGACUGUUAUUCGUCUCCGCUUUCGUAUAUGAAUACGCAAUAUGGUUAUCAACACCCACCUCCGCCGCCUCCGCAACAGCAGCCCUAUCAAAAUGGUCAAUAUUGGAACGGAUGGUCUCAACCGUAUCAAGAACAGUCAUGUUGUUCCCCUCAGAGUGUCUCUAGUCCGGCACCUUUUCCGGAAUUGAAAUCACCUCAGCCGUUCGGUGAUAAUAAUGGCGCAAAGAAACGAGGUCGAAAAAAGAAAAUUAAAGUCGAGCCGGACGAUGGGGCAUCCACAUCGAGUAACUUUUCAGUCGACAUGUCGCAACUAUCCAACGAUAACGAUCGCGGUGAUAUAAAAACCUUGGUUAAAGAACGCCGGAAACACGAUCGAUUCAACGGUAUGCCGGAAGAAGAAGUAUCCAAACGUACGUUACCGGAUUUACUGGCGUCGAAUUUGGAUAUCGUUAUAAUCGGUAUAAAUCCGGGCUUAUUCGCCGCCUACAAAGGUCACCACUACGCCGGGCCUGGUAAUCACUUUUGGAAAUGUCUAUAUUUAUCCGGGCUAAUCGGCGAACAGCUGACGGCCGACGACGACUAUAAACUUCUUCAGUGGGGCAUCGGGUUUACGAAUAUGGUCGAGAGAGCCACCAAAGGCAGUUCGGAUCUGACACGUAAGGAGAUCCGCGAAGGAGGCCAAAUACUGUUAGAGAAGUUACAAAAAUUCAAACCUAAGAUAGCGGUAUUUAAUGGGAAACUGAUAUUCGAAGUAUUUAGCGGUAAAAAAGAAUUCAAUUUCGGUCGCCAGCCGGAUUUCGUCGAUGGCACCAAUACGUAUAUGUGGGUGAUGCCGUCAUCGAGCGCGCGUUGCGCUCAAUUGCCUCGAGCUUCUGAUAAGGUACCGUAUUACACGGCGUUGAAGAAAUUUCGCGAUUAUCUGAACGGCGCCGUAUCGGUGCUGGACGAGAACGAUAUCGUGUUCCAGUACUGUAAAUUGAAAACGUUUCCGCGACACCCCAAAGAAGAGAUUAAAGUCGAAGAAGAAGAAUUAGACGACGACGAGUUGGGCUCGCCGUCUAAAUUCCGAGACGAUUUAGCUCCUGUGAAAAGACGUAAAUCGAAAUGCGAGAUUAAACCAGCCGAGACUACUACGACGACGACGACACCGACCGCGUUCAAUAACGACGGUACGGUGAUCGUGAAAAAGAAACGUGGCCGACCUAAGAAAAUACGACCAUCCGAAGAUACUACGUCAACUCCUCCGACGCCGACCAACGGUACUCCAGCUGCAGCUGUAUCCGUCGCUCCAUUCACCGUCGAAAAUGUUAACGCGAUUAAUAACAACGCUCCGGCCACGUCUGCUGCUGCGUCCAACUCCAAUUCGUCGGUGCCCACCACUCCGGUCAAUACUUCCAAGUAUUUCUCCAACGAAGUCCACUCGCCUGGAUAUUGCCACAGUAAUAACUAUUCGCCUUCAUAUCAACAUCAGUUUUCGUCACCUAGUGAUGCCGGAUACUAUAGUCAGAAUUCCUUAGAAUCAGCUUUCAACACAUUUGAUUUCCAUCCGUCGGAAAUACAAUCGCAUUUACGUAGCUUUUUACCAUCAUCCAAACCCGAAUCCGCGUGUUCGUUGAAUGAAUAAACCUCUCCCCAUGUUUUUUUGUUUAUCCUACCGUCUUUUUUUUUCUCUCGUAAUCACGCCAUCUGAAUCCUUCUAUCCUACAUACAUCUCAUCUAUUUUCUACGCUUGUUUUUUCCGAUUCCAAAGCUCGAAUUUCUGAAUUACCUCAUUCUAUAAUCGCGGGUGAUUUACUGGCAUUGCCAUCGUCAGCUGGAUUGGUUUAAUUAACAGGUAUGUGAUAACAAUAUUCUUCUAGCUUGUUGUUGGUGUUCUUAUCUGCGACUUUUUUUUAUUUUUUCGUUCUUGGUUUUGUUAAUUUCGUAUCGUUGUUGCGUUAUUGUUGGUUCAACCAUGUACGACUCGUUAGGUGGUAUUUCACAAUCCGCAUCAUAGGUACCUACCAAAAAAUUUUCAAUUUUUACACGUUUUUCUAUUUUUCAUUUUGUUACUGGUUUGUUGGAGAUGACGUUAGAAAUAUUCCACAUUUUAUUAAGUCGAACAGUAUUGAUUGUUAUCGCAUCGAAACGGAAAUAGCUGUGUUUAUUUUACGCUGUCCAAGUUUCCUGUCCGGUGUGUAUUCGUAAAGCUACCGUUCGUUCGGUGGUCGAUUCGACGAUGCAUUUUUUAUUAACACCACGUAGGUACUAGGUACUACGUUCGUCGUCGUCAUCGUCAUCGUCCUGCUGCCUGCCUGCCUGCGUAAUUCACGCUAACUUUCACAAGCUCCAGAAUAUUCAAAAACUAAUAGGAAUUAUUUACGAUGCGUUGGAAAACGACUGUGUAUCUACGGUGGAAAUUCCAACGUCGAGAAGGCCAGCAGGGGGAGGGGGAGAUAAGGAUUUUUGUAAAUAGAACAGUCGAGUUGAAAUUUAAGGUGGAAAAAUCGAUCGUAUUAGGUUCGAGAGUUGAUUUUUUUUCACCGAUGAAUAGGUCGAGUUGAAAAUCUGUAACCGGUUAAUUUUUUGAUUACGAGAGUUUUCAGUUUGAGGUCGUAAAUUUGAACGAAAAAGAACCCUUUUUCCAUGCUUCUUUUCCACGCGUUCUUCUACCAGUUUCUUUUUCUUUCUCUCUUUCAACCUUCGCUGUGACGUCAUUGCUGUUUUCGGUGAAGUUAUUUUUUUUUUUUUUGGGAAGCAAUGCGAGGGAUUAGGAUCGGAAAAUGGGGAUUUUCGUUCAAAAAUGAUUUGUCUAACUUUCGUAUGCGUUUUUCAAAUAAUUUCAGGUUCCGAUUUUUCGAUCAAUGUGAUAUUGUUCGUUCUUCGGUUUCAUUAUACCCUAUUUCUCUUGCCUUCUUUUUACAACUGAAGAGUAUUUUCAAAAAUCCAGUCUUUAUUGAAGAGGCUAAUCGAGACUCUCCACCGUUUAAAAACCCUACAUCUCGAGUAUCAACUAUUGAAAUUCGAUGAACGAAGAAUUCCCUACACUUCCAUGCUCCUUGUUUUCACGUUUCUUCAUUUCAUCAUCGUCAUCAUCGUCAUCACCCUUUGCUAUGACAUCAUAACGGUUUUCAGCAAAGGUUUUUUUUCUCCUGAAAAAACGUAGAAAAUUAGGGAUCGGAAUGUAGGGUAUUUUUUUUGUUUCCUCGAUUUUCUGUUACGUCAGAUUAGCCGUCUAUUUAAAAAUCCAAAAUUAUUAUUUUCAAAUUUUGCCUAAAUUCAGAAAUAUUACAUCUUUUUUUUUUGAAAAUUCGUGGGAAAAUUUUGACUUCGAGUCAGUAAGCCCCCCCCCCAUCCUACUUUUUUCUUUCACUUUGAACCAAAACCAAAACAAUUCAAAAUAAACAAAUAAGUAUUAUUAGUUCUUCUUCCAUGCUCCUUUUGCCUGCUUUCUUUUGCUUUUCGUCGUUCAUCGUCGUCGUCGUAGAGCUUUGCUGUGACGUCAUAAUGGUCUUCAGCAAAGUUUCCCCCUUUUUUGCAAAAGAAAAAAAUGCAAGGGAUUAGGAUCGGAAUGCAAGGAUCUUCGUACUUUUUAAGUACAUAAUUAAAAUUAUUUUAUUAGUAGAUAAAUUUUAAAUUAAUUAAAAAACAUUUUUAUUGCCCUUCUUCUCUAGGGGUUAAAAAUAUUAGGGAUCUAUAAAUUGGAGAUUUCUCUCUAUUCCAUGCUCCUUUUGCCUGCGUUUCUCCUCAUCUUCUUCGAUUUCGUCUUCGUUUUCUUCUCGCUUCGUCGUGACAUCAUUGCGGUCAUUGGCGAAGUUUCAUUUUUUUUUUUCUCGGGGAAAUGCACGGAAUUGGGAUCGGAAUUGGGGAGAUUUCUUUCAGAAAAUAUUAGAUUGAAUAAUUAACUCGAAAUUAAAUUAAUACUUUAGUUUGAAUUUCAAUUCUUGUCCCCCUUCCUCCUUUGAUAAUCAAUGAUCGAACGAUCGAUAAACGAAAAUUUUCUCAUUUCCAUGCUCUUUUGACUCGCGUUCCUCCACGUUCUUCGUCGUCGUUUUCAACUUUUAGCUUUGCUGUGACGUCAUUGCGGUCAUUGUCAAAGAUUCUUCAAUUUUUGGGAGGUUCGUGAAGAAACUAGAUCGGAGAUUUGGAAGUUCGUGUGGGUUUGAUCGAUGUUUUUGAGGAUUCAAGUUUUCAACUUUCAUUUUUAAAAAGUCUUGUUAAUUUAUCAGUACAAAAUUGCCAUUUAAAGGAUAAAAAAAAUUCUAUUUUCCAUGCUGUAAUAUCCUGCGUUCGUCCAUUUUAAGUUCUUCGUUUUCUUCUUCCUUUCGCUUUGCUGUGACGUCAUUGCUGUCAUUGGCAAAGUUUCAUAAUUUUUUUGGAAGUUCGCUAGGAAAUUAUAUCGGAAAAUGUGAAGCUUUUUUUGAUUUUUUUUGGAAAAUUUCAAGUUUUUUUCCAAAAUGUAUGAAACACUGUUAAAUUAAUUAAAAGUUGAAAUGCUCGAAUAAAAAAUUUCCAUUUUCCAUGCUCCUUUGGACUGCAUUUCUCUACCUCGUACGAUGAUUUUUUCUUGAUUUUUCACUUCGCUAUGAAAUCAUUGCCGUCAUUAGUGAAGUUUCAUUUUUUUUUUCAUGGAGAAUCGUCAGAAAAUUGGAUCGGAAAAUAGAAGGUUUUAUUCGAGAGAGGAGAGGGGGAAGAAGGGUUCAAAAAAAUUGAAUAGUUGUCGUGCUUGAGCCACGUCUCGAGUCGAUAUAAUUAAAUUGCAUUAACACAUUGUUAGAAAGGGUUUUCGAAAUGAAAGUUAUAGUUGAAUCAAAAUCUAGAAUUUUGAGAACAAGAAAGACCUUUUUUCCAUGCUCCUUAGCCUCACGACUUUUUCACCUCGGUUUCUUUCUUCUUCUUUCUUUCUAGCUUUGCUGUAACGUCAUUGCAGUUUUCGGCAAAGUUUCAUUUUUUUUUCUCGAAAAACCGUGCGUGUUUUGGAUCGGAACAUUGGUACUUUCUGUUCGAUUAAAAUUCUUAUUUUGAUGAGGUAUUUUUUCAUCUGAGACCUAUUAUGAUCUCUGUGCAGAUCACAGAAUUUUUAAAAAAAUCUUAAGUAUGGUUUUUGGUGGGAGAAAAAUGAAAGGAAAAAGUAGGAUCUUCGUAACACCAGGAGCAGGACAACUUCAAACCUCGAAAUUGACCCAAAAAAGUCAAAAAAUUUACGACGCGAACUCUUCGAAGCUAUUAAAAUAUAGGGUAAAAAAAAAAUGCAAAUCCAGAAUCACAUUCAUCAGUAGUAGUAGAGAUAUCUCUGUACUACGAUGAGGAAGAAGAAAAAAAAUCAAUUCUCUAUACGAUCCGACCUAGCUUUUUUUCCACCAGGUCUACCACCAUUCGGUACCCCUGUCCCCUGCGGCCUGCGGGCCUUUACGAGGGGUAAAAAGAAUAUCCAUCAAAAUAACCUCUUUAAAAUGAAUCGUCUAGUUACUCGUAUAUAGAUAUAUAUUGCCUCUCUGGUCGAAGCACAGCCAUUACACCGUUGACCCCCUUUCUCAUGCGCCCCCUUGUGCUGCCCCUUUCUACUCAGGCAGACUAACUCGGUCGUACGAGUAAAGAGAGAAAAUAAAUGCAAGCAAAAAGCAAAAUGCGACGAUAUAAAAUCGAUCGCUGCCGACGACGUGUAUCGUCAACACAACUGCGUGUGCUGCGAGCUUUCGGGGGUUGUGGGAGGGGGAGGGGGAGUAAAGAGAUAGGGGGCCGAGAGCAGGACGAGAACGAUACGUCACCGGACACAGCAGCAUCAGCUUUUUUUCCAGAACAUGUACCUGUUAAUUUAAGAGUAACGGACGUGUGUAAAAACCCAGUGAGACCGGAGAGCUUUUACAUUAUGUUCCGGUGAUGUGAUGUGCUGUGUGUAUAGUGUGUGUAUUAUGCUGCGAGUAAUUCUUUAUCUGGUCCUGGUCGUUUGUGCAUGUGUGUAAAACACUGUCUAUCUUUUUGGUGAAAUUGUGUAUUGAGAGAGUGUGUGUGUGUGAUGGGUUUAAAAAAAAAGAAAAAAGAGGAGAGGAAAGGAACAGGACCUAUCGUGUGUGAGUGUGGAAUACUUCUCUGUCUCUAUACCCAGUUCGCCGAGUAUCGAGAUUGGACCUUGAGAUAGUGUACAGGGUGUUUCGUUGAGUGGAGGAUCUCUUUCGAUGUGCCAUGUAGGCAGCACUCAUGUCGAGUGUAAUGUUCUGUUUGCCUUGUAUCGGAUUCCAGGGACAGAUAUCGAUCUUUUGCUCGAUGAAAUACAUAGAAGCUCUCGUUUUUGUUUUGUAUGAUUUCCGUAGCUGAUUUUGAGCCUCGAGAAGUUUCGAUAAUCGAAGAAGGUUUUCAUGCUUAGAAAUUUUAGGGAAUUUUGGUAUUUUACCUCCUAAAUUAUAGACGGAUUUUUACGUGUUUCAUUUUGGUUAUUCUGUUAUUGUGAUUUUUAAUGAACUUUUCAAAGCAAGUCUCCCUUCAGGCACCUUUGCAUAGAAAACUCAAAAAAAGUUUGUUGUAUUAUUGUUACCCAUUGGCAUUGCUGAUUGAAUAUUUUCCCAAUGUCGAAAAUGUAUCGAUAUUCAAAUUUUCCACAAAUCGAUAUUUCUUACGAUAAUUUUAGGAUUUUGAAAAAUUUUAAUUGUGAGAGUAAGGAAUGAAAAUGUAUGUACAUAGUACAUAAUUGUGAAUUCAGAAUGUUUACAGUAAGUAUCGAUCUAUCGAUAUUCGAUUAUCGAAUUUUUGCGAAUCGAUGUUUUCUUCUAUACCGAUAUGCAGUUUAGGAUGUUGAAAUUUCCAUCAUCUAUUGCUUGAAUUUCCCUUGUAUCGAUGUAUCGAUAAUCGAUAUUUUCCUGAUGUCGAUAUAUCGACAAUCGAUAUUUCCCCGAUAUCGAUAAUGUUUAAGUUAUCGAAAUUUCAAUAAUCCAUCACUUUUAAAUUUGAUAUUUUUUUUGGUUUUUAAAGCUUCAAAAAUUGAUUGAAUUUCAGAUUUUAAGAAACGAUUAAAAGUUCGAGUUGUAUGCUCAUUGUGACCAAAAUUGAUUAAUCGAUUCUCUGCCGACGAAUUUGUAUUAAAAUUUAAAUAUUCGAAACCUAUGCCGAAUGAUUUCCCAAAAGAUUUAUUUAAAAACUAAUCGAUUUAACGAUUCGAAGGUGCAAAUUGAAAGUAUCGAUUUACUUUCGAAAUCGGUCUUGAUUGAAAAUCGAUUAACUUUCGAUUAAGAAUACGUGAUGAAUUGCUUCUUCAUUCCGUUUCAAAAAAGACGAUUAUGAAAGAAAAUUUCUAGCUUUGUAGUUUGACUGAUCGAUCGAUGCUUUCUAAAAAUCGAAUCCAUUCGAUUGAAGGUAUCGAGUUUUCAGUCGAUUCGAUUUCGAUUAAGAAUCAAUAAAUGCCGAAUUGUCGAUUUUCAAUUUUUUUUAGUUUGACUGAUCGAUCGAUGCUUUUUAAAAAUCGAAUCCAUUCGAUUGAAGGUAUCGAGUUUUCAGUCGAUUCGAUUUCGAUUAAAAAUCAAUAAAUGCCGAAUUGUCGAUUUUCAAUUUUUUUUAAUUUGAUCGAUCGAUGCUUUUUAAAAAUCGAAUCCAUUCGAUUGAAGGUAUCGAUUCGAUUUCGAUCAAGAAUCAAUAAAUAUCGAAUUGUCGAUUUUCAAUUUUUUUUAGUUCGACUGAUCGAUUGAUGCUUUUUAAGAGUCGAAUCCAUUCGAUAAAAGGUAUCGAUUUUUCAGUUGAUUCAAUUUCGAUUAAGAAUCAAUAAAAAUGUCAAUUUUCAAAUUUUUUUCUAGUUUGAGUUUGACUGAUUGAUCGAUGCUUUUCAAAAAUCGAAUCCAUUCGAUUGAAAGCAUCGAUUUUUCAGUCGAUUCGAUUUCGAUUAAGAAUCAAUAAAUGUUGAUUUAAAUUUUUUGUAGGUAAUUUUAAGAAUAUUUCACACUUGAUGAUUGAUUUUGAUAAAAAUUUUGAAAAUUGAUGAACGAUCUAUAUUUUUUGAAAAUCUGGUACCUAUCCAACCUAUUGAAAUGGUAAAUGAUGAAAAUUUUUUUUCCCAUUUUGGCUUAUCAAAACAUAUCAAAACCCCUUAUCCUUGGACACCUUGUAUGAAUUAAAAUUUUGGAUUGUGUAGUCGAUAGAUCGAUAUUUUCCGAAAGUCAAUUCCAAAUUGCAUAAUCGAUCGAUUUUUCGGUCUACUUUUGAUUAAAAAUCGAUAAUAUAAUCGAUCGAUUUUUCGAUCAACUUUCAAUAUUAAAAAUCGAUAAAUUAUGUCGAUUUUCGUUUUUUAUUCAAGGAAUGAUUUUUAUAGAAAAUUGAAAUUUCAAUUUUCAAAUCGCGUAAUCGGUCGAUUAUUUGGUCGACUUCGAUUAAAAAUCGAUAAAAGUCGAUUUUCAGUCUUUUGAAGAAGAUUUUGUUUGAAAAUUCAAAACUUUUUAAUUGACCAAUUUUUUUUUAGAAACGAUUAUAAAAGAAAAUUAAUUAGUUCUGAAUCGGUAAUUAAUCGAUUAUUUAUAAAUCGAUAAAAGUCGAUUUUCAUAUUUUUCGAAGAUGUUUUUUUUAAAAAAUUCUUUUUUGGAUAAGAUUGAACAUUUUGAAUUGGGUGAUCUGUCGACUGACUGAUAUUUUUCUAAAAAAUCGUUCAAAAUUGCUCAAUAUUUUACUAAAAUUUAUUUUAUUUGAUGUAUGCCUCCCUUACUCCGUCACAAUUCCACGUGAAAUUGUUGUAACAGUUUUCUACGGUUUUAGAUUGAAAUUUCAAAAAAAAAAAUUCAAACCCCUUCGAGCUACCCCUGGAAUCCGUUGAUUGGGCAAACAAAUCGCAUAGAUUAUUAAACAGCACAAUAACUUUUGGAACACCCUGUAUGAGUUGAGUAGUUCGAAAAAGAGCUUUUUCCAUCGCACCCCUGACGACUUUAUUUUACAUUUUUCUUCACUUUCCCACCGAUCCGUUGCAAAAUGGCGAUUAUCUUGUUUUACCUAAAUUACCUACCCUAUUUACCUUUACCUACACAUCUAUAGAGUGAAAAAAACAAGAAAAAACAUGGCUUUUUUCUACAUUGUACUUAAAUAGUAUUUAUAUCUGGUAUUAUUUAUAGGUGAAAAUUAAAGGAAAAAAAAGAAAAUGUUUUAUAUACGUACGAUAGCGAAUGUGUAUUUAUUCUGCGUAUGGUCUUACCAAAUUAUUAUUCUACAUAAAAUAAUAUAUAUAAGACAAACGCAGAUAUUAUAACUUAUAUACGUAAAAAAAAUCUUUCGUGUUUUUUUUAUCAUUAUUAUUACUAUUAAUAAUAAUUUACAUAAUUUCUUCUUUUUUUUUUCGUUAGUUAAUUUUUUUCGUUUUUUCAUUUUGUUGUUAUUCCUUCCGCAUAGUGAUAUUUGAUUUUUUAUAUGUACUUUUUAUUUCAUCAUUAUAAUAUAUUUGUUACCUUUUACCCGCAAUUCAGAAAAAAAAAAUUCGCUUCAUUAUGUUCGUUUUUUCCCCCUUUCUCUUCUUUUUUUGGUAUUCUUAUUUUUUAUUACGAUAUGAGAUUAUUUUUUUGUUUUGUUCUAUAUUCUUUUUUAUACGUGUUUUGUAAAUUAUUAUCCUUUUCACACGGUUUGUUUUUCUUUUGGUAUACAGGUUUUAAGAGAAAAAUUUCUCGUUUUUUUAAAAAGAAAAUUUUUAUUUAAAAAAAUAAUAUUUAUCUGUGUAAUUAAUUUCUUCUGUUUUUUUUUGUGUAAAUAUAUUUUUAAUUAUUUAAACAAAAACGUAUAGAAUAACAUGAAAAAAAAAAAAUUGCAAUAUCUGUUGACAAAAAAACAUGAAAUACGAAGCUUUUAAAAAAUUAUAUUUAAUUUUCUUUUCUCUCUCUCUCUCUCUCUCUCUUUCUUUACCUAUAUAAAUGUAAAAACGUGUUCGAUAUUAGUAGAUAUCUAUAUAUAGCCGUGGGCAUUUUUUUUUUCGUUUUGUUUAUGAUUAUAAUUACGUAUUUAUUUUUAAUUAUGUGCACAAUAACGUAACCACUAUGCCUGUUAAUCUCUCCUGUUGCAGUUACCUUUCUUUUUAUUGGACUAAUAAUAAUAAUAAUAAUUAAUAAUACCUGUGGAAAUUUAUGAUAUGGUAAUGGCGUUACCGCUCUUUUACUUCUUCAUCUCUGUUAAGUUAUUAGGAAUUUUUUUUACAAUGCCUACGUUAUACGAGUAUUUACCUAUGUGCAUUAUGUUUAGUCUGAGUUUUGUUUUCAUUUUUUUCCUCUCCUAUUAUUUCGCUUGUUAACGUUAUAUUUCGCCGCAUUCGUCGUUGGUUGUUUAAUUUUUGGGCAUUAAAUCCGAAAUUUUGAAACUUGCCUCUUGCCGGUUAUGAUGUAGGAAUGAAUGGUUUAUAUAGAUGGGGGGGGGAGGGAGGAGGGUUGCUCUAGUCAUUUUAUAACUGUUGAUGAAUUAAUUAAAUCUCUUGUUGUAUUUUAUUGAGGGUAUUUUUUCUUCUUCUUCUUCUUCUUCUUCUUCUUCUUCUUCGUAUUAUAUUAGAUUUUAUUUUUGUGAUUUUUUUCCUUUUUUUUCGAGUAUUUUGGACUGAUUUAUCGAAAUGUAGUGUAGGGUUUUCCUUUUCCUUUUUUUUUUUUUUUUGUUCAUUUUACUGGAGAUGAAAAUUAUCAAAUAUCGGCUAAAGUAUACUAUGGUGCUAUAGGAAUUAAUGCUGUGUGCUGCAAAAAAAAAAAUUAACUAGUCCGGUCGAGUUACCAUUGUUGAAUAGUUUUAACGCGAGUAUUUGCACUGUUUUUUUCGAUUAUUUUGUCGAAUUUGAAUGUAAAAGAAGGAUGAGAGGUGUAAAAAUUGGAGGAGGGUUGCAAAGGGGUUGAUUUUUAGAGGGAGUGGUGGGUUGGAGGGUGGAAUUUGUUCGAUUUUGACGAAUAGAUUUAGAGGUGGUGGAUUUUCGUCAAAAGAGGUUAAAAAUCUAGGUUUAAAUUGUGUGUGUGUGGGGGGGGGGUAUUUUCAUGAGAACUUCUCCAUGAAUUAGAAAAAAUUGAUUUGUUUUGAAUUUUCCCCUAUUUUCUUUAACAAUAAUAUAAUUUCAAGUCCUUCCCUUAGCUCUCUCCCUUCUUUCAGUCAUCAUCGAGGCUAGAAAUCAUUGUUAGGGAAGAGAAAAUGAGUCCUAGAGGUGAAAAAGUCCAGCAUUCGACUCAAAAGUCCCGAAAAGUCCAGAUUUUGAGCUGAGAAAAUUGUGAAAAAUCCAGAAUUCGAUAUAGAGAUGCUUUCUUAAGGGGAACUGCUAAACGAAAACGUUUCGAAAUGAUGAGUGGACGGAGGGGGAACGGGGGAUGAGAGUUUAUUUUUCGAAGAGGGAGAGGGGAAUGAAACCUGAAAAAUUCUGCGCUCGAAAUCCUGUAGAAAUGUAAUUUUUGCUAAACGAAGCCUGUAAGAAAAAAACUAAUCAUCGCUGCAAAGAGGAAAUUUUAUGGUCUGCAAUUUUGUUUCUAUUCAUUUUUCUCGCAGCAUCUUUAGUUUCUCAUCAAAAUUGAAUUUUUGUUUUAAAAAUUUGAAAUAUUUCUGAAGAAUUAAAUUUUUUGAAAUAUUUUGAGCAAAAAAUAAAAAAGCUCAACUUUACUGUACGAUUUUUUUGUAAAAAUUUUACUUUUGAGACACCCUGUAUAUUUCCAAAACGCUUCAUACGUUCUGUUUGUUAUUUUUAAAAAAGUUUUGAAAAAACAAGGUUCUACUCGUAAGUACCAAAAAAAAAAAAAAAAUUGAAAAGAAACAAAUUUGUGAAUUAUAAAAUUUCUACUCUGA